UUGAGUUUCAAGUGACUUUGGCAUUACACUGGUAGUGUGGUAAGAGACCGUGGGACAAAGUACGCUAUUCUUGCCUUGCUGAAAAGCGAGCUCCCAUUGAAAUCCUUUCAUGGAUCGUUCUGCGGUGAUUGCUUGCCCGCUAAGGACAAGGCCGCUGAAUGCGGACAAAGAGGGAACGGCAUGGUGGUGCAGAUCGCAGCCUACGACCCUGCAACCAAUUGCGGUGGGGAGCAAGCGUAUUGCCUCUGCGACACUCAAGCUGCGUUGUAGGUGUUACCAAUAGGAAGUUGUUGCGCUCCACGACUUCUCUUUCCCAUUUAUGCUACCGUCAAACUCAGUACCGAGCGCCGAGCCGUGUCCUGAAGACAAAGAAGCUUCGCAAGCAGGUUUACGACUCGGCAUUCCUGAGAGUGCUCGCCGCUGCCACGGUAACAGGCAGCUCAUUACCUCCACCACGAGCCAAGGCUAUGAUAUCUCGACCCACAUCCAACGACUUCUGACACGUCCUGUAAGUUGCAGAUCCGAUGACAUGGCGAGCAUAGUCCCGUCGCACAAGAAAAACCCUCAUUGUCGCAUCGCCUCGUGUGCCACCAGCGCGUCGGCGUGGCCGUCAUGCCAGGGCGUCCGCCCGAUGUAAUGUU